AAUCUCAAAGUGCCCAUGCUUGGGUGGCAAACCGGCGACAUUCAUCAUCACACGCAAACGCACGCACCCGAAAGGUGCUUUCCCAAGCAAACCCGAGCAGACUUUUCCCACUCUCCCCCCCGCUCCCCACUUCUGUCGCUCCACCCACCCACGCCGCCGAGCGAGCCAGCAAUGCCGGCCGACCCCGCCGCCGCCUGCUCGGCGCCCGACCAAGAGCCACCGCCGCCGCCGGCCCGGCCGCUCUCCCUCGUCUCCGCCAUCCCCUUCUGGUUCUACCUCACCGCCGCAGUCUCACUCCUCGCGCUCCUCCUCCCCCACUUCCUCUCUCCCCACGCCGCCCCUCCCCUCCCGCCUCUCCUCCGCCGCCACCUCGCCGACGGCCGCAUCCUCAAGCUCCACCCGUACCCCGACCUCUUCGCCGUCACCUCCCGCCCCGCCGUCCACUCCGCGCAACAGCAGCACCAUCCCGUGCUCGUCCUCCCGGGCCUCGCCGCCGGAUCCUUCUCCUUCCGAGGCCUCCUCUCUUCCCUCUCCUCCAGGGGAUUCGUCGCCGCCGCCAUCGACCUCCCAGGCCAGGGCCUCUCGCCGCCUCCUGCCGCCCCUCCCCGCGCGAACCCUCUCCGGGAGAUCAUCGACCGCGGCAUCUUCCACGCCUUCGAGCACCUCGUCGAGACCGGCGAGGUGCCGUUCCAGGAAACCGGCCCCGAGCCGUCCCGUUCCUUCUACGCCGCCGACGAGGCGGCCGCAGCCGUGGCCCGCGCCGUGGACGCGCUCGGCCUCGCGCCUGUCCACCUCGUGCUCCACGACUCCGCCCUCCCUGCUGGGGCCGCCUUCGUGUCCGCCAACCCUGACGCGGUGCUGAGCGUCACUCUGGUUGACGCGACUGCCGCUUUGCCGGCGUUCCCUGCGGCGGUUUUCGACGUGCCGGUGCUGUGGAGGCUGGCGCUGCGCGUGCCCGCGUUGUUCAAGGGACUGAUGCGUCUGUCCUGCGCACGUGGGAUGGAUGCAGAGGAAGCCGAAGCACACAGGGUGACGAUGCGGGGGGAGGGGAGGAGGGAAGCAGUGUAUGAGACUUGGAAGUCUCUGAAUCAGAGCUUUGAUUUGAGAGAAUGGAGGAGUUCUUCAGAGAAAUUGAGGAGGCUGCCGAUGAUGGUAUUGUGGUCAGGUUCUUUUUCGGACAAGUGGAUCAAUGAGGGGAAAAAAGUGACCGCGGCGUUGCCGGACACCAGAUUCGUCUACCAUUAUGGCGGCCGGUGGCCUCAGGUGGAUGCCUAUGAAGAAAUCUCCAAUGUGAUAGCAGAGUUUGUGACCUCGUUACCAAAAUCUGUGGAGAACGAAAAUGAAGAACACAGAUCACAUAGCAUUGAUCAUUCAUUUGAUGAAGCAACAGAUGGACAGAGUGAUCGGCUAGCCGCAUGAAACCAUAGCAGUCAGAUACAUGCCCAUGUUUAAGGAUCAACAUUCUGAUUAACAAAAUGACUAGCGAGCACUCAUAUGGCUCAGGGCCUCAGGCUCAACCAAGCUCUGCGCGUCUGCCUUGAACAAGUCAUAGCUCCUACUGCUAGAAAGGGGAUGAUCACCUAUUACAUAUGUAUGGUAUCUUCCUCCUGUGAAGGUUUUAACAAACACACGCUGAUGUUUGAGGUGAUGCUGUUGAAAUGUGACUUGAAACUCUUUUUCUUCAGAUUUCAUGUUACGGUGUUCUGUAUGGAAAUUUGACUCGUGUAACCUGACUGGUGUAACAUUGUUUUUGGUGUUACUGAAUUGUUGGCUACUGCGCUGUAAACAUGGGGAGACCCUUGAUUCUGCCUAGCCUUUUGUGUUUUGCAUUCAAGUUUGUUUGUACCUGGAUCAAUUCUGAGAUAUUAGCAAUUGAGCAUGUAAACUACGUUGUGUUCUUUA